CCGGGCCAGUGUAACUCAGCCAGGCGAGGAAGGGAGAGAGAAACCGGGCAGGUUCAAAAACAGCCAGGCGUGGAAGAGAGAGAGAGAGUCGGGCCGGUGUAAAACAGCUAGGCGAGGAAGCCGGGAAGCCGAACAAUGGUGAUGUGAACCGCCAUAACCUCGUCUCGUAUCGCCACAGGUCGAGUUGAAGCAGUGCGUGUACAGCCAUGGGGAAGGACUACUACAAAACCCUGGGCAUCCCCAAGGGCUCCAACGAGGAGGAGAUAAAGAAGGCCUAUCGCCGCAUGGCCCUGCGCUUCCACCCUGACAAGAACACGGAGGCCAACGCGGAGGAGAAGUUUAAGGAGAUUGCAGAGGCCUACGAAGUGCUCAGCGACCCGAAGAAGAGGCUGGUCUAUGAUCAGUUGGGUGAGGAAGGUUUAAAUACAGGAGGCAGCAGCUCUUCGGGUGCUCCUGGUACCUCAACACACCACUACACUUUCCAUGGAGACCCCCAUGCCACCUUCGCCUCCUUCUUUGGUGGCUCCAACCCCUUCGACAUGUUUUUUAGUGCAAACCGCAGCCACAGCCGCGGCAACGGCUUCUCCUUCCACAACGACCACAAUAACGACCCCGAGCAGGAAGUGGACAUGGAGGAGGAUGACUCUUUCGCUCACUUCGGGAGGCACUUCGUCUUUCCUGGAGGGGUGAACAACGGGGAAGGUCGCAGAAGGAGGGGUGGACCCUCGGAGCGCCGGGGGGCAGCUCGAAAGCAGCAGGACCCCCCGGUGGUCCACGAGUUGAAGGUCUCGCUGGAAGAGAUCUUCCACGGCUGCACGAAACGCAUGAAGAUCACCCGCCGCAGGCUGAAUCCGGAUGGAAGGACUUUGAGGGCCGAGGACAAGAUUCUCAAUAUUGUGAUCAAGAAAGGCUGGAAGGAGGGGACCAAGAUCACCUUCCCCAGGGAAGGAGACCAGACCCCUGAGAACAUCCCUGCUGACAUUGCCUUUGUGCUCAAAGACAAGGGGCAUGUCCACUUCAAGAGAGACGGUUCCAAUAUAAUUUUCACCUGCAAGAUUAGUCUCAAAGAGGCGUUGUGCGGCUGUACGGUCAGCAUCCCCACGCUGGAGAAGCGCGUCAUCUCGCUGCCGUGUCAUGAUAUCAUCCGACCCGGAACAGUAAAGCGACUCAGAGGGGAAGGCCUUCCUUUCCCCAAGAACCCGUCGCAGCGCGGGGACCUCAUUGUGGAGUUUUCCGUCCGGUUCCCAGACAGGAUCCCGCCCCAGUCCAGAGAGAUCAUCAGACUCCACCUUCCUCCGUCGUAG